UGGCAUGAAAAAUAUCCUGACCAGCCACUGUUCAAGCCAAGUGAGUUGUUGAACAAACUGGUCGCUGAAGGUAAACUCGGCAAAAAAUCGGGUAAAGGAGUUGCCAACGUUUUUGGAGCCACCCUUCUUCCUGGAGUGUGCGUUUUUCAGCAAUUAGCACCAGUAUCAAGCAUUUCGAGCAUCCGUGAUGUUGCCAUCAUCGGCACCGGCACAAUGGGUUGCGGGAUUGCACAGACGGUAGCUGAAUCGCGCAUGAACGUUAUGCUGGUUGGGCGAUCAGAAGCAAGUCUUCGACGAGCUGUUGCAUCCAUCAAUAGAUUCGUGAAAGUCAUAGCAAAGAAGGAGUUGGGCCUUGAUAAACUGGCUCAAGAUAAGUUGGUCGAUGAAGUGAGUAAACGUAUCACAACCACAACCAGUCUUCAGAAAGCAGUUGCUGAAGCUGACCUCGUAAUUGAAGCGGUUAUCGAGCGACUAGACGUAAAGCGUGAACUUUUCCAGCGAAUUGAAUCCGCCUCUAAAAGCAGAACACUUUUGGCCACAAAUACCUCAUCGUUACGUCUCUCCGAAAUCAGUGUGAAUUUGCAGCGGAAGAGGAAUUUUGGAGGAUUGCAUUUCUUUAAUCCAGUUCGCAUGAUGAAACUGCUCGAGGUGGUGCGAUGUGCAGAAACUUCACCUGAAACAUUGAAGGCAUUUUUGGCGUUUGGUAAAGCGCUCGGUAAAGAGGCAAUCGAAUGCACGGAUAAACCCGGUUUCAUCGUGAAUCGUAUUUUGGUUUCAUCGAUCUGCGAAUCGCUCAAAAUCUUGGAAGCUGGUGAUGCAUCCAUGAAGCAAAUCGAUACGGCAAUGCGAUUAGGCGCAUCACAUCCGAUGGGGCCAUUUCAACUGAUCAGUUUCAUUGGAGUUGAUACGUUCAAAACUAUUCUGCAAAGUUUGCACGAGGCGUAUCCGGAUGAUGCUCGUUUUGGAUGCAUUGAACUGCUGAAUAAGAUGAUCGAUGAAGGCAAAUUUAGUGCUGGCUGA